GUGACAUCCGGCAAAGAACGUACGUACGGGCUCUCCGUGUUGGCCGCGCUGCUCCUUGGCAGGCAGGAUCAUAGCUUUUUUUUUUUGCGAUGCCACAGCGAUGUGCUGCCGUAGGCUGCAGUAAUGCCAGCGGAAAGCCUCCAAAUGUGCGAUUUUUUAGAUUUCCUGCCGCGACACUUCAGGCAACGAGACGAAAGAAAUGGGUGCAAGCAAUACAUCACGUCAACGCCGACGGAUCGCCGUGGGAACCGACAGCGAACUCCCGCGUCUGCAGCAAUCACUUCGUAACAGGAGCGCCCUCCCGCUUUAUGCCCCACCCGGACUACGUACCAUCGGUUUUCAAGCACACGCCAAUGAGAUGCCCUGGGUCAAUCGCUCGCUUUGACAGAGUGAAGAAACGGCAAGCUUCAAGACUGGCAAAUGCAAGUGGCCAAGCCAGCAGCGGUGCAACCACAUCAGCUGUUGGGCAGAGGACUCCACCGAGUAUAGCAGCAGGCCAAAAUAGGACACCACAGGAUUGUCAACCAGUUGCCGGGGCAUCUACUCCACCUCUUGGUCAAGGAACACCAUUAAGCAGAGCAGCAAGUGCAAUGUCAUUAGGCUCUACGACCUGUGAAGAUGGUGCAGUAUUGCAUAGUGUACCAGCUGAACACGAAAAGAGCUGCCAGACGGAUAAUUUCUCUCUAGAGCGUAUUAUGCUGCUUGAAAGCCAAUUAAGUGCAGAAAGAAAGAAGGUGCAAAAGCUAGAAGUACAGCUAAAAGCUGCUGAGGAACAGACAAUACAGUGGAAAGCACAUUACUACGAGCUGAAGGCUACAACACUGUGCCUCGAUAACAUGCAAGGUACUGAGCAUAUGUUGUAUUACACAGGAUUGCCUUCUGUGCAAGUGUUUUACGAUAUACUAAAUUUAGUUUUGAACAAUAACCCUCGGUUUGCAAUAGACAUAAAGAGCAGGUCACUCACUGCUGCCGAGCAGAUGUAUGCAGUACUGGUUCGCUUAAGGACAGGUAUGGCCACACGAGAGAUUGCUCGCAAUUUUUUAAUUUCAAUGCCCUCAUUCAGUCGCAUGCCACUUCAUUUUAGACGGUACCCAAACACACGUAUAAUACUUGACACAACAGAAAUUCGUAUACAAAAGCCCUCAAGCUUAACUGCCCAAAGACGAACUUUCUCCCACUACAAGUUCGCAAACACAAUGAAAUGUGUUGUAGGUGCAACACCUGACUGCUAUGUUAGCUUUGUGUCGCCAUUAUAUGGGGGAAGUACCAGUGACAGAGCUAUUGUGCAACAGUCUGGAGUACUUGAUCUAUUCGAAUCAGGAGAUGGCAUCAUGGUUGACAAGGGAUUCAAGGUAGAUGACCUUCUGCCACGUGGUGUUGUCCUUCAUAUGCCUCCAUUUCGUAUUCCUGGAGAAGCGCAGAUGAGUGCCAAGGAUGUUGAAGCCACAAAGCAUGUUGCAAGUGCACGGGUGCACAUUGAAAGGGUCAUAAGAAGAAUCAAGGAGUUCCAUUUAUUGGACAGACCCUUACCUAUAAACAUGUUAGACAUAGCAGAUGCAAUUUUCACAACAUGUGCAUUUCUCUCAAACUUUAGGCGACCACUAAUAAAUAAUGGGAAGGAAGUGGAGACAGACACCAUGUAAUAGAACACGAAAGCAUGCGGUAUAUUUAUUCGGAGCACCUAAAAGGUGUCAUCAUGCACUAAAGUUUUAUGAUGCAAAGGAACGCACUAUGUGUGUGUCAGCCUUCUGAUAGUCAUCUUCAGAUGGUCCUCAUCACAAUGGUCAACUAGAUAAAACCCCACAGCAUACUUCUUGAAGGACACGUAGCCUGCACCUGUAGUGUAAAGAAAUCCAAGGCGUCGGAUACGUCGUGUCAUGAGUUCUGGAAUAAUAGCAGCCUUAUAGAAGUACACCAGGCCCUGAAGUAUGUCUUUCCAAAUUUCUGCGUCAAAAUAUAUACGUUCCACUGAUAUGCAGUCUUGCAGGUCAGCAUGGUCUGUGAAGACUACAAAGUCGCACCAUGGCUUCUUCGCGACUCCCAUCUGUCCUUGUACUUGGUAGUAAUAAUAAUGGUCUUUCUUCAGGGUGACCUCACCAUUAGUUACUGCCAAGUAAAAACCUUUGUCAGCGCAGGCGUCGACAACUCUUUGGCCAGCUUUCGAAGCGGGGCACUUCACUUCUAGAAGGCCAUCCUCACUGCCAUCUCUCACAAGGCGAUCGGGCGAUGCGGCGAUGAAAGAAUGCAAUUCAUGAAUAUGCAAUCCUGUUUCCAGGACAUCUAUAUUUUUGUCAUAUAGCUGCAUGAAUUCUAGAUAUUUUUGAACUGCUUUUGCUUCAUUUUGUAUUCCGUAGAGCCUGGGGUCACCACUCUUCAUUAUUUCUUUGCGAGGAUAAAGUAUUUCUUUAACAAGCCCUUCUGGCUUCAGGCAGUGCAGUAUUCUGCGGAACUUUGAAGCAGUUAGCUUCCCGGUUCUUUCUGUGAACCAUAGAGGGUUCUUAUCCUGGCCUACAGUCUUUGCACAGAUAUCUGCCCUCUCGGUAGCUGUGAGCGACACCUGCUCCUUGAAAUAUUCAUCGAUCAAUGUGAGGCACUUCUGCGAAUUCAUGUCCUCUGUGUCGUUGAUGGGGCUCGCAUUUCUCACUGGUGCUGGCCUCUCUGUGUAACGGUUCCACACCAGCUCAGGUGCAUGUGUUGCAAUCGCACUCCUGAACUUCAACAGCCCAGCCUGCCCAGCUGUUCUCAAAUGAGGAGGAAGUUGUCGCUUAGCCUUAACGGGCACCGUCUUGUUAAUCACAUGUUUCUUAAAGGUGAUGUCCACCAAGGGUUUGGUCAGCAAAUGGUUUUGUCCUGAAAAUAACAAAAUGCGGGGACUUGUAUACAGUUCAUACACAUGUUUUAUAAAGCUUACUGGCCAAGAUCUAUUUUGACAUUUGAUUACGCAUGCGGUUAUUUUGCACUAAUGAUGGACACUGCAAACUCCUGUGAAUCCGAUCAGCAUGCUAGCUCACCUCUUUUCAAAUACAGUGUUUCUCUAUCAGCAUGCUUACAUUCUACAUUAAGGUACCAUUACAAGGAAGAGUGUAGAUACCAGACCAAAGCUCCUUUUGAAGUCAUUUGUCACAUCGUCUUGUGUUCUACCACAUACGUCCCUCCUUAUUCUGUUCGCUGCAUUUUACCUGAUUAACUUGAACUGUGUUCUGAAUAAAAACAUUCACCUUA